AUGUCACCGUACAAUGUAAAAUGGGGCAUCAUGGCCACAGGUGGAAUUGCGACCACUUUCGCAAAAGAUCUCCUCUGCGACCCAUCUACACGAUCUGUCAGUGAUGUAUCCCACACCAUCGUCGCCGCCGCAUCAUCGUCAUCAAAGUCUCGCGCCGAGGAAUUUCUGAAAGAUAUCAAGAACCCUGGUGAAGCAAAAGCAUAUGGCAGCUACCACGAACUUGUAGCAGAUUCUAAUGUCGACAUAAUCUACGUUGCUACACCACACUCCCAUCAUUUCCAGAACGCCAUGUUAUGUCUCGAAGCUGGGAAGAACGUGUUGUGUGAGAAGGCUUUCACUGUCAAUGCCGAACAAGCGAAGAUCUUGGUUGAUACGGCGAAAUCAAAGGGACUAUUCUUGAUGGAGGCAGUCUGGACACGUUACUUUCCUCUCUCAAUCAAGAUCCGAGAGUUGAUUAAAGAUGGCAAAAUUGGCACGGUCAAGCGCGUCACCUCAGAUCUGAGUUUCAACUCCAACAAACCCGACUCGGACGCGCUCACCUUCGAUGACAGCCAUCGCAUGAUCAACAUGGAUCUUGCAGGAGGAGCAUUAUUGGAUUUAGGUAUCUACUCCCUGACAUGGGUUUUCCAGAUUUUGUAUCUGUGUCAGAAAGUGGGGGAGCGGGAGAAACCUAAGGUUAUGGCUGCGAUGGAUAAAUAUCAUACGGGGGCUGAUGAGAAUACUGCUAUUAUCUGCCAUUUCCAGAAGGGAAGAACCAUUGGUGUCGCUACAACUGGUUUGAGAACUGCUACCCAACCAGACGGGGAAAAUAGUCCUGCGACCGGCCCUGCAUGUCGCAUUCAAGGCACCAAAGGCGAGAUCCAAGUUAUUGGUCCUCUAUACAGACCUUUGGAAUACAGAGUUAUCAUGAAUGGUGGGAAAGAGGGUGUGGUGGAAUCUGUCAAAUGCCCAAUUCCCACGGAUCCUAACAGGGAAGGUAAAGACGGGAAAGGCUGGGGUCACGGUAUGUUCUGGGAAGCUGAUGAGGCUGCGAGAUGUUUGAGGGAUGGAAAGAAACAGAGUGAGUCUUUGACUUGGGAGGAGAGUAUUGUUAUUAUGGAGACUAUGGAUGAGGUGAGGAAGGCGGGUGAUAUCAAGUAUCCUGAGUUGAUUGAGACGACGGUUUAUGACGCGAAGAGUUCGUUGAAUGGGAAGAAUUAG